AUGAAAGCUGUGAGCACAUGGCUGUUCCAAGCCACAGAUGAGCGUCCAGUGACUCCCGAGCUGGAUCUGCAAAAUGUGCACAAACUUGCAAUUCCCUCCUCGCCGUCCCCGGCCCAAAGCGAAGCAACUAGCCACAUAUAUACCGGGACUCUGGCAGAAGGCCUGGAGCUACUGGCAGAGGCGUUGCAAAAGGACUCGGACCAUCUGAGUGACGCCUUUGCCAGGAUUCUGGACUCCAUGGUCGAUUCAGGGUUAGUGACGUCCACUCUGUACAAGAUUGACGACGAGCUGAAAUUCCUAAUUCUGGAGACGUUUCUAUCCGACAGCAACCUGGUCGAGCGGUUCAAAGCGCACCGCCAGCAGAACAGGGAGCAGGACGCUUUGCUGGCGAUCGAGCGGGCCAAACGGGGGUUGGAAAUGGCGAGCAGGACAGCCAGCUCUGUGAGUCCUUCAGAGCACUUUCCUCCGGAGGGCGAGAGAGCGAGAUGGACCCUGAGGUUUGUGGAGUUUGUCGACCUCAUUCUUACCAUGUGGGACCUGCUCUUCACCGGCAUCAUCGGUCCGAUCGUCUCCUACUUGUAUGCCUGUCUUUGCGAACAGAGCUCCAAGUACGACAUUGGCAGAUACGUUGCAACAACACUUUUGUUCUGCAACAUAAUUCUCCGCCGGCUGGUUACCCUUUUAGGGCGUCUUGUCAGGCGUCGCGAAAACUCGCGCAUCACGUCUUCGGGGCCAACGUGA